AAGAAUGCGUUCAAAGUGAAACGAAGAGAACAACUGAAUGCAAUUAAAUCGGUUUUAUCCAUUGAUAAUACCAAAAAACGUAAUACUCUUGUUUCGGAUCUUAUAAGUGGCAUGUUCAAGGUUGAGUUGACUUUUGUAAUGAACGAAGCGAAAGAGUUGAUUGAGCGAAAGAAUUAUCAUGCAAAAGAUAAAUUCCCAUUUGAUAAUAAGGAACUGAAAGAAGCUGUUGCUAUUGUGGUUGAAAACAUGGCGUUUUUGUGUGAAUUUGCCUUGAGAUUCCCGUCUAUCGUCAAUAAAAGAUAUUCAACAGAUUAUAAGUUCAAAACAGUUGUACAGUGGUCUUAUCAGUUCACUGAAGAGACUGAUUUAUUUGAUGAGAAUUCAAUGAAAUUGCUGAAUUUAUGUGGACAACAACUCAAUUUCAUUCCAAGGGAUGAGAACUUCGUGAAUCCGUACGAUAAGAAGCAAAUAAAAGAGGAUAUCGAACGAGAGGCUGUCAAGAAAAUAGAUGAAGCGAGAAUGAAGAAAAUGGAACAGAAAAAAUUUGAAAAGCAUAAAAAAUUGAAGAAACCAACAUUGUCAAGAACUGAACUCUAA